UAGUUCUCAGAGAGGCAGAAGCGGGCCUGGCGGCCGGCGGCAUGGCGGGGCUGGAGCUCCUGUCGGACCAAGGCUACCGCGUGGACGGGCGGCGCGCCGGGGAGCUGCGCAAGAUCCAGGCGCGAAUGGGCGUGUUCGCGCAGGCCGACGGCUCGGCCUACAUCGAGCAGGGCAACACCAAGGCGCUAGCAGUGGUCUACGGGCCGCACGAGAUCCGGGGCUCACGGGCACGAGCCCUGCCAGACAGGGCACUGGUGAACUGUCAGUACAGUUCUGCCACCUUCAGCACAGGUGAGCGCAAGCGGCGGCCACAUGGGGACCGGAAGUCCUGCGAGAUGGGCCUACAGCUGCGUCAGACCUUCGAGGCAGCCAUCCUUACACAGCUGCAUCCACGCUCCCAGAUUGAUAUUUAUGUGCAGGUGCUGCAGGCAGAUGGUGGGACCUACGCGGCUUGUGUGAAUGCAGCCACGCUGGCAGUUAUGGACGCUGGGAUCCCCAUGCGGGACUUUGUGUGUGCCUGCUCAGCUGGCUUUGUGGACGGCACAGCCCUGGCAGACCUCAGCCACGUGGAGGAAGCAGCUGGUGGCCCCCAGCUGGCCCUGGCCCUGCUGCCGGCCUCAGGCCAGAUUGCACUGCUUGAGAUGGAUGCCAGGCUGCAUGAGGACCACCUGGAGCAGGUGUUAGAGGCUGCUGCCCGGGCCGCCCGUGAUGUGCACACCCUGCUGGACCGUGUGGUCCGGCAGCAUGUCCAUGAGGCCUCCAUCUUGCUGGGGGACUGAGCACCCAGCCCCCCAUGCCCAGAAUAAAAUCCACACAGUCCACUGUA